AGAGUAGCCACUCCUCCGUUAGCAUACGGAUGCUGGCAAUCAUUCAUUGCUAACAACAGUUAGCUAGUGUUUCGCGAUGAUGGCUGGGGACUUGCAAGGUUUUGCGCUAGAAAAAGCCGAACUGCUUUCCAGCCGUUUAAAGGAGCUCCUGUCUUCGGGACAAGGAUAUGUUCGGACUCAGUUCGGGGUGGAUUUGGGUCUGAAGCCUGAUGUGUACCCGACGUGGGUCAUCCUGUCCACGGCCUCGGUGGGUCUCCUGCUGCUACUCUGUCUGUCCUGGGCUGCCGUCUGUGGCGGUCUGUUUGUCGGGAAAAAGCGGGGAUCCCCGGUCACCCAACGCAACGGUGAGCCUGUCAAGGCCAAUUUAGCUAAAACUGCAAAACCGGAAGAACAGAAGAAGAGGAACAAAAAGAAAACGCUUGAAAAGAACACUCAAUCCAAUGGACAACCAGUGGCUGUAGCUCAAGAGGAAGUUACAUUGACAGAGGUGGUUUCCAAGCUACCCCCGCAGAUCAAAACCAAGAAGGUGCAUGAGGUACAGGCCCCAGUGCAGGUGAAAAAGAACAAGAAGAAAACCAAGACAGUUGUGAAACCAGUCCAGCAUGUUUCUACAAAUGAUGGGAAGGAACCUGAUGAUGGUGCAUGGGAGACCAAAGUCAGUAACCGAGAGAAGAGGCAGCAGCGCAGGAAGGACAAGGGCCCCGAGGACUCUGGUGGCCCAGGAGGGGUGGAGGCUUCCAAGAGCAUUGUGGAGGCACCUGUGGCCCCAGUCCCUACCAACACCAAGAAGAACAGAGGAAACCAUGAGUCCCUGCAUCCAAGAACUGCUGGAAAGGUGGAGACAGCCAGUGGAGCUGUGUCCUCCAGCUGGAGAGAGGAGCCUUCAGUCAGUACUGCAGGUUGGACUCAUGUCAACAUGUCUGUGAAGAUCCCCCCUCAGGUGGGUGCUAUGGAGGGGACCAAGUGGAGUGCCAUCCCCACAGCUGCACAUUACAGGGCUCCACCCAAACCUCAGUCCUGGAGACAGGAGACGCAAGCAUGGAGUGGCAUUGAUGGUCGGAUAAAGAAUGACCUCAACCCUGUGACCUUCUCCAUGCUGGGACGAAACACCGCAGACCCAAUAUCAAAUUCAAUGGAGCUGCAGUGGGCGAGGUGCCCUGAUGUUGAUGAUGAAUGGUCUGGAUUAAAUGGGGUGGCAGCAGUGGACCCCAGCUCUGACUGGAAUGCUCCAGAAGAGCACUGGGGAAACUAUGAAGAGCCCCCUGUGUUGGUGACCCCAGCGCCUCCAUUGAAAGAACAGCAUGUCCCCAACAAGCCGGUAUUAGAGGAUGAAAAGGACAUUGACGAUCCGUCUGGUGGAGCAGCCAAAUCCAAGAAGAACAGGAAAAAGAAGAAGAAAACAGAAGAGGAGGCUGCAUCUGAGGCUCAGACGGUGAGCACAGUGCCCCUGGUCAAUACAGUACCCAAACCCCAAGAGCCUCCUGAGCUGGCCUCCAAAAAGCAGAAUCCCAGCAUACCCUCCUCUCAGAAGAAAUCUGAGCAGAUUGUGGAGCCUCUGAAGUCCUCCCUAAAGAAAAAGGUCCGAAGGGAAACAUGAAGUCACACAGGUCCAUACAAAGCAUAUGCAAAUGAUUGUAAAAUGUGUCACAUGCAAUAAUUACAGGUACACGUUUUUUUCUGAGAUACAUUAACAGGUUUUCAGUUGCUGAAACAAAAAGAAAACAAGCAGUGGAUAUCACCUGCUUGGCUAAAUAUAGUGAUGAAAUGUGGUCCUGUGGACUAAAAUCUUAACUAAUUUGCACUAUUUGCUACACUGCAACUGAAUGGAGUUUCAGGGGAGGUUGAUUUGCAGUGGAGGUACAUGUUCAUGUAAUUAUUUUUUGUGGCAUCAAAAGUUUUUUUUUUUGUUUUUUUUCUUCCUCCUCCAAGAGUGUAUGUUUAUAGUUAUUAACCCAAAAAUACAAACGGGUUUCAUUUAAAUUUUUUGUUAUAUGAAAAUUGAAGUAUAAGAGAAGCAUACAUUUUUGCUCCCCAGAAUAUUGCACUUUGUUUUGUUUGCCAUGCUUCUGCCCCUAUAUCAACUGUCAAUUACAAAAAUUUGUGGGAGCAGGCUACAUGUGAGGGCUCGUCUCAGAUCAGGAUAAAUUCAAUUUUUUUUUAAUUCUCUCUCAGUACAACACUUACAUAACCUAUAUGUAAAUUAAGAUAGUUAGGGGUUGCUGUAAUCAUCCUCCUUCUCCGUACUGGCCAUUAAGUGAUAACUCCAGAGCAACCAACUGCAAUGUAGAAAUGGGGGACAAAAUUCUGCAUACCUCGUUUUGUGCAAAAAUACAUUCUAAAGUAGAUCUGAUGCUAAUAUGAGGGCGGCUGUAUGUGUAAGUAAUAGUGUCCAAAUAGAUGGGUAUUUUCCAAAGGAAUGGUCUGUUUGCUACAAAAUUCUGUCUUUGUGUUUUCUUGCUGAGGUCUAAGGUCACAUAUAGGUUUGUAGCCAUGACAAAAGCCUGACUAUAAACCACCACAAAUGUUUGAUUUGGCUAUUCUCAGACUGCUGAAGCCUCAUGUUAGUUUUGGCUGAACUUGCACAGCAAAAAUGCAUUUUGUACUUUACAUUGUAGUCUCUCUAUGAAGGUAUCAUUACAUAGCCUGUGUGGACAGGAGAAAUGAUUACAGCGACCUAUAUCUCUUUCAACGAACAAAUUACAUGCAACUGUUGUGUUAAGAUAAGUUUGCCUAUCCUCUAAAGUAAUAUCUCCCUAAAUCUGUCCUUUGAGUACAAACACUCACUGCCUGUAGGCUGUGGUUUAUAAAAGCUACUUUAUGAAGAAUGGCAGCUGUUAUCAGGUUGUUUCACACCAAAAGAAAAAAAAAUGUGGCCAUUCUCCACAACCACUCCUGCAGUGUAAUCCACCUCUUCACUGUCCAUCUGUGUGGUAGUAUGCUCCAAACUUUCAUUAUUAUGCCAAAAUAUGGUUAAAUACACUACUGCCUGUGCUUCAGAGCGGUGGGGAAAUCGAGUGACACUGAAGCAGUGUAUUUAACUGUUCAGAGCACACUACCAGCUGAACAGUUACUGAUUCAUCACUUAUGGAUCAGAUCAUUUCUUUAAAGACUACUCUAAAUUAGAAAUGUGGACGUUGUAAACGGAUUCUGGAUUCACAUAGCCUAGAAAUCUAGCGUCAGCAACUCUACGUUGGCUUGCGAGCUGGAAAAACCAAACUCUGACCGGGCCAAUCGCAUCGUGUAUAGAGUCGGUGAGCGGGCUUAUGGCUGCUGCUGCUGCUGGGAACAGCGGUCUUUCAUAGAGAAUUUGAAAGACAACCGUUUAUCCCGCCCCUCAAAUUGAGCCCUGUCAAUGGUGAGUUCCCAGACCCAACAUCUUGAUGUGGGUCUGACUUGUCAGGCUAGGAUUCACGCUGAAUUGUUGAGAACUGUUAUGUAGAGAGUACAGUAACUGAUAUGAACCACCAGGUGGCACUGUAAUGUGAAUUAAAGGAGUAGUGGGACUAUCCCACAAAGAAGUAGCACUAUUAAGUAUUGUCCCUCUACUUUUAUCAUUCUAACUAUAUCUUUAUCUGACUAGACUUGUGCGUUGAUUUUCUAGAGACUUAAUGGUCCCUUCUGCACUCUUAUCUGAUUUUUUUAAGUAAUUUUUCUUCCAGUUUAUGUGCUAGAAAAAGCCAUGCCAUAUGUACAGAUUGUAAGGGCUUUUUCCAGUUCUGUGAUUUCUCUGUGCAAAAGGCUGUAUUGAGCUCCUUUUGAUGUUGAUGAAUUGGUUUUUUUACUAACUUUUUGCAGAAUGUGUAAUUUCUUUUAGUUUGACCUGACUUCCAGGAUUUAUGAUGGGGGAUUUUUGUUUUACAUUAAUUGAGAAUGAAGACAUACAUAGCGAUAUGAUAUAGAGCAGCUUUAAUUCCACAAUAAAGUCGGUUUUAAACACACACACACACACACACAAUAACACAUUUAUAAAAGGAAUUUAAUUCCACUGCCUUAACCUGUAGUUGUAUAGAAAAUGCAUUGACAUCCUUUUUUAUAGUUUCCAACCAAUUGCAAGUUUUGAUGUCAGAAAUUAAUUUCAUCUUGCAUGACUUUGAUAAUAGUACUUGUGUACAUGAAAUGAAAGAUGUCUUGCUUUUACUGUAAGUACUUGGUCCUGGAGUACCACUCAGUGUAUAUAUAAUUUAAUAGCUUUUUUUUAAUGAUCAAAUUGCAGCUUUUCUGUGGGCAUCCAAUUUAGCGGUCAUUAACAGGAGUGUGUUGUAGUCAAAGAGCCUUUGUGCAUCAAGGUGUUGAUCAGCUGGUGGUGAUGAAUAGUUGUUAGUAGAGCUGAUAGAACAAAAUAAUAUGUUGCUGUGGCUUCAGGCAGGCCUUUUUGUUUACUGAUGAUUCAAAUGGAUUCAAUCAAUGUAUUUAUAUACUUGUCUCCAGGACAUGGUUAUAUGAAUGAUUUUGUUUAUUGAGGAGAUACAAAUGAUAUUUCUAUGUUUGUUAAAAAUGAAAAAUAAAUGAGAAUUGCUUGAUAUCACAUUA